AUGGUCACACAAGAAUUUCAGGCUGUUGUCUUGGCUGCCGGCCGUGGUACUCGUCUGCCCGAAGUGUUGGGUAAAACACCAAAAUGUCUACUACCAAUUGGUCCAUAUCCAUUGUUAUGGUAUCCUUUAAAUCUCUUGCAGACCCACAAUUUCCAAGAGGCCAUUGUUAUUGUCCUGGAAAGUGAACGCAGUGAAAUUCAGCUGGCAUUGGAGCGCACAUCACUGAAAAUGAAAUUGGAUUUUGUUAGCAUACCAAGUGAUAGUGAUUUUGGUACCGCCGACAGUUUGCGUUAUGUCCACGAUAAGAUACAAUCGGAUUUCCUUGUCCUCAGUUGUGACAUUGUUUCCAAUGUUAGCCUGUUUCCAUUGAUUAACAAAUUCCGUCAACAUGAUGCUUCAUUUACGGCAUUGUUAUUUAAAAGUGGGUUUGAAUCGGAUGUAACGCUGCCCGGACCAAAGACAAAACAUAAGCCAGAAAGAGAUUUAAUCGGAAUACAUCCAGAGACUAGGAGGCUGUUGUUUUUGGCAUCCGCCAGUGAUUUUGAAGAAGUUAUGAACGUCAAUGCCCAUCUGCUGCGUAAGAAUGGUAAAAUGACCAUCUAUUCACGAAUGACCGAUUCUCAUAUUUAUGUUAUGAAGAAAUGGGUGCUGGAAUUUUUGAAAAAGAACGAAAAUUUCUCCACAUUAAAGGGUGAAUUUUUGCCAUAUUUAAUUAAGAAGCAAAUGGCAAAAUCAAGUGGACAUUCGACAACAAAUCCAGUAUCCGAUACACAAUCUGAGUUGGGUAAACAAGGCGACAAUAUAUUUGAUUUCAUCCCAACCUCAAAUUUGGAACAGCACAUAUUCAAAGUAACUCUCUAUAAUGAUAAUAGAACAAAGCCACUAUAUAAUGGUGAUCUGUUGAGAUGUUAUGCCCUGGAGGCACCCAAGGAGACAAUUGGUGUGCGCGUUAAUACCACCUUAUCGUUCUUUGCCAUUAAUCAAAAGCUUCCAACAAUUUGGCCCUUACUCUGUGGUGGUUUGGAACUUCCUUUAGUAUCACCUAAUGCAGUUGUCAAUUCAACACAAACCAAGGAAAUUGCUGUGGCCGAUAAUGCCAAGCUAUCUGAGAAGACAUCAUUGAAUUUCAGUGUCUUUGGACCAAAUUGCUUUAUUAACCCCAAAAAUAUUGUUAAUAAGUCACUAAUAAUGGCCCAUGCUGUUGUGGAAGAGGGUUGCAAUAUUGAUAAUUGUAUUAUUGGUCCCAAAGCUGUUGUUAAAAAGGGUACAAAACUUAAAAAUUGUUUAGUUGGUGCCAAUUUCAUUGUCGAAGAAGGUUCACAAUUGGAGGCGAAACAUUUAACGCAUGCCGAUGGUUAUAUGGAAAUUGAUAUACAGUAA